CCAGGAAGAUCGCUCCUGCCAGGCUGAGAAGAAAACCAACAACUUUUCUUUUGUGUGUGGGGUUACUUUCCACUAGACCCCCCCUUGCUCCUCUCCUUUCAAGAUUUAAGUGCUAAUGGCGGAUUAGAACCUGUAGAUACGUGUGGCUUUGGGAGUCUGGUGCAUUGGGGUGACUGUCUGGUUUCAGCAAGAUGACGCUCCAUGCCACCCGGGCAGCUGCACUCCUCUCUUGGGUGAACAGUCUACAUGUGGCUGACCCCGUGGAGGCCGUGCUGCAGCUCCAGGACUGCAGCGUCUUCCUCAGGAUCAUUGACUGCAUCCAUGGCACUGACGAAGGGCAGCAAAUCCUGCAGCAGCCGGUGCCAGAGAGACUGGAAUUUGUGUGCAGUUUUCUGCAGAAAAACCGAAAACAUCCCUCUUCUCCAGAAUGCCUGGUGUCAGUGCAGAAGGUGAUGGAGGGAUCAGAGCUGGAACUUGCCAAGAUGACCAUGCUGCUCUUAUACCACUCCUCCAUGAGCUCCAAAAGUCCCAGGGACUGGGAACAGUUCGAAUACAAGAUUCAGGCUGAGUUAGCUGUCAUUCUCAAAUUUGUGCUGGACCAUGAGGAUGGGCUAAACCUGAAUGAGGACUUAGAGAACUUCUUACAGAAAGCUCCUGUCCCUUCCCCCUCUUCCAGCACCAUCUCUGAAGAGCUCUCCCCACCUAGCCACCAGGCCAAGAGGGAGGUUCGCUUCCUAGAGCUACAGAAAGUCGCCUCUUCUAGUGGGAACAAGUAUGUGCUGGGCCUCUUCUCCCGGGAUGGGGCCUCAACAUCCA